AGCCAGGCUCUUACGUGAUCCCGUGGUGUGCGCAGGCGCGGCAGCCCGGGCAGCUCUCGGUAGCAAGUAGGGAGGAAGCUUGGGCUGUGCUGGGGGAGGAUGAUGAUGACUGCAGUCGCAGCAGCAGGGGAAGGGGCGCACAGCCCCAGCCCCGCCGCGGUAUCCCUCGGCUUGAGUGUGGCCGUGGUUUCCAGCCUGGUGAACGGAUCCACUUUCGUGCUUCAGAAGAAAGGCAUCGUGAGGGCAAAGAGACGAGGUACUUCUUAUUUAACAGACAUAGUUUGGUGGUCUGGUACAAUUGCAAUGGCUCUUGGUCAGAUUGGAAAUUUCUUGGCUUAUACAGCAGUUCCUACUGUUCUGGUCACCCCCCUUGGUGCUCUUGGUGUUCCAUUUGGGUCUAUUUUAGCUUCUUACCUUCUGAAAGAAAAAUUGAACAUCUUGGGCAAGUUGGGAUGUUUGCUAAGUUGUGCUGGUUCUGUUGUUCUUAUCAUUCAUUCACCGAAAUCUGAAAGCGUAACAACUCAGGCUGAGCUUGAAGAGAAACUUACAAAUCCAGUGUUUGUUGGCUACCUGUGCAUAGUGCUCCUCAUGCUGCUGCUUCUCAUCUUUUGGAUAGCACCAGCCCAUGGACCUACCAAUAUCAUGGUGUACAUCAGUAUUUGCUCAUUGUUGGGGAGUUUCACUGUACCAAGUACUAAAGGAAUCGGGCUAGCUGCUCAAGAUAUCUUUCAUAACAAUCCAUCGAGUCAAAGAGCCCUAUACCUUUGUCUGGUCCUUUUAGCUGUACUUGGCUGUAGUAUCAUCAUUCAGUUUCGGUAUAUUAAUAAGGCACUUGAGUGCUUUGAUUCAUCUGUAUUUGGUGCCAUCUAUUAUGUUGUAUUCACCACUUUGGUCUUGUUGGCCUCAGCAAUUCUUUUUCGGGAAUGGAGUAAUGUAGGACUAGUAGAUUUCUUGGGAAUGGCAUGUGGAUUUACUACUGUUUCCAUUGGCAUUGUCCUUAUACAAGUCUUCAAAGAGUUCAAUUUCAACCUUGGGGAGAUGAAUAAACCUAACAUGAAAACUGAUUAAAAUACAUUUAUGGGUAUUGGGUGGCUCAGGGAACGGGUAGUGGGAUAUGGUUACUGGUCUGAAUUUGACCUAGGUUUGCAGAGACCAAAAUAUGUAAGCAUCUCAGAUGUUUGAGUUGUUGGUGGAAUUAGUAGGUGGCCUCUGUCAAAUUCCUAGUGAACAAACGUCCAUAUCCCUAAAAUCACCACUACAUAUGGCAUUCAUCAGCACUAUAGUGGCUAUCGUCAGCAGAAGGGCCAAGAGUUGAAACAGCAUAGAGAUUGAUGCGCUGCCUCUCCUGAAAAUCAAAUCCCUCCCCAAAUGUCUGAGGUUUCUCGUUCAGCAUCAUGGAAUAUCAUGUCAGUCUAGGCAUCACACUUCUCUGUUAACCAGUCUUCUGUUUCUCAUUGUCAUUAACCAGGAAGCUUUCAAGAAUGUCAUUUCCUUUAAAAAAAAAAAAAGUUCAAAAGCCAAUUUAAAUAGAACAAAAGAGAUGGUGCUCCCUUUUCUUCUUGUGAUGCUGAAUGUUCUCAUUUAUUAGAUACUUACAUUGGAAAAGGACAUAAAGUUAAUUGGACCAUAAUCUUGAAAUCUAAUAGUUUAGCGACCACUUCCACGUUUGUCUUUCUGAAUUAUAUAUGUGGCUCUGACAUAAAAUUCAGGUAUUUAUUCAAAUAAAAGAUAACCACUAAAAUUAAUUUUAAAUCUUCUUUUUUAGGUCUCCAAGAUCAAUUAAAGGCAAACAUUGGAGAGGGAGAGAGAAAAAGAAAUAAGGAAAUGAUGGGGAAAGAAAAGAAAUAAAUUAUGUACUAGAUUUUUUGCAAUAGAUGUCAAGAAUUUAAAUGUUUCAGUGCCUUUGCCUUUUAAAAAUACCCCUUAAUUUGACUGAGCUAAUGAAAAAAAAUAACUUUUUAAAAAAAUAACAUUACAUGGAUUAAAAUAAUACAGUUUCUUUGGAUGUUCUCAAAUUCUAAAUGCAUAAAUCAUCCAGAAAAAAGCAAUGUGUUUCUGGGAAGGUAGUCAAAGCUAAGACCACUUCAGAGCUAUUUGGAUUUCUUUAGUAUAUAGCUAUUAUCAGACUGAAGACAACUGGGUAUGUAUGGACAUCUCGUUUUGCAAUUCAGCUUAUGUAAUGGAUAUCAGUUCCAAAUUCUAGCCUUAAAUUCUUUGAUUCUGAAGGGUAAUGAUUUCUUUCUGGAAGAAAUGUUUAUCUUGACUAAAUGGCUUUUCAGAAAUAACUCCUUAUUUGCUAGAUUCUGAUGCUUUCAAAAGAGAGAGAGAAAACUGCAAACUACUGCAGAGAUUAAGUUUCUUGAAACAAAGAGCUCUGAAAAAGACAAAGAACAAGCUAAAGACAAUUUCUAUAAAUUGAGAAGCAAGCCAACUUUUCUAAAGAGUUCAUAGCAAUAAUGGACAACCAUAGCUGAGUGGGUUUGUUGUCCAGUAUAAGACUUACUCUUCUAACCUUUCAUUCAUUAGACUUCGCAAAUUAGCACUUCAUUAUACCAGUAUAUUGAUUAUGCUUAUGAUUCUAUAAUUAAAAAUGCUAAGUGAAAUACAUUGUGACAGAAAUCCCAGCAAAAUGUCACUUGCAUCAUUGUCUGAUAUUUUAAUUUAACAAAGAAAUAAAGAAAAUGAAGAGUUAGGAUAAAGAAAAAAAUAGCUAUUUUAUUAACUUCUGACUGCAGGGCAAAACCAAUGGUUCCUAGGAGGAGUCAAAGUUACCUAUAAAUGUCAAAGAAUAUAAAGAAACUCAAAAAUAUCAACUGAAAAGUCCUGUUAAAUAACAGGACUAUGAAAUUGUCAGGAACUUGAUGCAGAGAGAAUAAAUAAAAUUAGACUAUUACUUGAUGUAAAGAAAAAUAAUUAAAAUAGGAGCUAGAUUUUAUGGACGGAAUUUGUAAAUAAGGACACAUACUGUGAUGGAACUUUAAAAAAGUUAUAAAUCUUACUUUGUUAUUGUUAACUCACCCACCAUAAAUGCUCAGUUUCUACUAAGGGGUAUUUUAUUUGGCUUUUAGAAGGGAAUUGUGAUUUAGCACAAAAUACUUAGCAAUGCAAACCUUAAUCAAUGAUUUCAUAUGUUCAAUUUUCAGAACAGGUCAUAUUGGCAAUAUUCUCUCUCUCUCUCUCUCUCUCCCUCUCUCUCCCCCUUUCUCUCUCUCUCUCCAUUGCUGUGCCUCACAGCAUAUUUUCCUAUUAUGGUACAACGAUAAGUUGAGGGGAAUUUUCAUGUGUGAUGUAGAUAUCCUUUGUUCUUUGUCAAACCUGGUAUGUGAAGGACGAAGAAGCUUCUAAACUUUUGCAUACUUUAUUAUAUUUUACUCGAGAACUAUAAAUAUCAUGGGUGUUUAGAAAUGACAGUUUGAAUACCAUUUCCUGAGAUUUUAUGUAAGACUGAAUGUCGAAAUAAAAAUAGAGUAUUUGAAGUUUCCCCAAACAGCUAACUAUAUUUAGGUACUAGACUAAUUCUAAGUAGACCCCCUAUAUUCCCCAGAAAACCCCUGAUCCAGAGAGGAUUUAAAUCCUAGUUUAUGCUAAAAAGUAUCUUAUCAGCAGAGGCCUACUCCUACUUGGCCAAAUCAUACAGAGUUAUUAUUACUAGUCCAUUAGAAAUACUAUCAAGUUAAAAAAAACCUAUCUGGUAAGCUUGAAGCUAAGCACAGAGUAAAUAACAUUUGAUUUCAAGCAGCCUUCUAUACGUUGUUAAUUUUAAAUUAAUUUAGAAAUAGAAUGGGAAAAUGGAUAGAAUUGUGUUUUCAGUUUAAUUAAAACUUAUGGAAUAGGUAGAAGAAAAUAGGGCAGUUCUCAGAGAUGACCCUUUCCAGAAGCAAAUAGAAACUGCAUCAUUUCAGUAUCUUCUCUUUUAUUAUUAUUUGGGAAGAGAACACUAUUAAUUUUAAAAUGUAGCUUCAAAGUAAAAUAAAUUGAAGAGACAUUUAUUAAGCACCUACUAUGUGCCAGUCACUCUCCUAUGCACUGAGGAUACAAAGAAAGGCAAAAAACAGCCCCUGCUUUCAAGGAGCUCUUAGUCUAGUUGAGGAGACAACAUGGAAACUACUAUUUACAAAUAAGAUAUAGACAGUAUGUAUAAAUUGUAGAUGAUCUUAGAGGGAAGGCAUUUGCAUUGUGGGAUGGUAAGUUGUAGCACCAUGAUAUGUUUUAUCUUCUGUUUUUCUUUUUAUAAAAAUCCACAAAAUUACCAGUGUACCCUCACACAUACCUCUUUCAACCUCCUGAGCAUCUUCCAAGUUUUUGGCUGAAAUUAUAAUUAGAUUAGCAUGUUUAGAUUUAUAAUGACAUACAUUUAGGGACAGUUGUCCUCCUGCCUGGAUGGUGCCUUGUUCCCUCAUCUUAAUUUUUUUUUCUGACCUUUUUUUUUAAACCCUGAUUUUCUAUGAAAUAUUAGGACCAUGAUGAAUCUGUCUUCAGACCCCAAGCUGAUAGGCCACACCAAAAGUUUUUCUUCAUUCUCACUUCCUUUUUAUAGAGAAAAGGCAGCCUGCUAACUGCCAAAUACUCAUCUAGACAACAAUGGGAAUGACAAAAUCUAGAGCCUUUGGGAAGGAAUCCAUGAUUUUCUAGUGGCCUUGUUCAUCACUUGCACUGUAACCACAGCCUUUUCAGAGUAGAAUGAUAAUGAAAUGUUUUGUUAUUGGUUCAGAAAUAAGCAAUAUUCUUGUAGUUCCCAUUUAUCAAGACUAUCUUUAGCCUUCUUUUUUUGUGUGUUGUACUUGUGGCUCACUUCCCUUGUUUCAUCCAAGCAGUGUUACUCUUUUCUUCAGCUGUGUUUUUUAUUCCAUUUUCCUGUUUUCUGGUAUAAGAUGUCACUAUUAAAAUGUGCUGUCAGUUUUCAUCUUCUUUAUCCCACAACAGGUAAACACUUAAUAAAUAAUGGAUAGCUCCUGCCAGAUGGAUAAAUUACUUUCUGAGUAUAAGUUCUUUUGAGAUAUAUUAAUUCGAAGGCAACUUUAUUAUCAUUUAAUAUGGUCAAACUCUAAGCUGUCAAAAUAGUCAUAUUGUUUUCCAGGGGAGAGUGGCUACUCACCAAGAGUAAGUAUGUUUUGAUGGCUUCCUUUCUCAGUAUCUAAAAUGAAUUUCAAAGAAGCAGAGAAGGAAAGGAGUGUGUGUGUGUUUGAGAUCCAGACCUUUUGAUACCUCUGUUACCCUGAUUUAGGCUUAACAGGUUUUAACUAUUGUGGCUUGCUGUCCUGAAAGGAAAGACUGCACUUCCCAAAGUACCUGACACUCAGAAAGUAAUUUACUCACCAAGCAGAUUUUGAUCUACUAUUCAUAUCCUGCCAUCUCAGGGAGUAAAAGUAUAUUGUUGACUCCUAACACUUAGUCUUCCUUCCUUUAGAAAAGCAAUCUUUGAUUAUUUUAGGGUUUAUUUAAAUUCAUAUUAAGGGCAAGAGUUAUAUCAGUUCUGAAUCCAAAAGAAAAAAAAAGAUUCAGAAUUGGUAAAUGGAACAUUAUCUCAUGAUAAGAGAGUUGAUGGUAUAAUAUACCUCAACCUAUUUUAUAUUCCUUAGGUGUAUAUUAUGUUGCUUUUACUGUGGAUUAGUCUUUAGGAUAUAUUUUUUAGUGUAGCUGAGCUUUAUAAAUAAAGCUAGAUUGUUGUUCCUCCAUUGUGUGUAUGAAAAGAUCAAAAUUAAUAUGACUAGAAAUAAGAAUUGGCCUAAUAAUAUUCAAGGUUGGGUUUUUAAAAAAAUAUAAACUUCUGGCAUAUUACUAAAGCAACACAAACUCUUGUGUUUUAAACAAGUUAAAUUACAUAUGAAAAACUUAGGUUUCCAAAUAACAAUUAAAAUUUCUAUAGCAGAUACCAGAUUUUUAAUAGAAGAUGGGUCCUUUAAUUGAUGUCACUGAUAUGAGAAGCAAUAUGGCUGAGGGCAUAGAUUACAGAACCAAGAGUAAGGGUUUAUUUGUUCUUUUAUUCUGUUUUAUGCCUGUGACUUGCGCAACUCUAUGAAAGUAAACUAACCUCUGUGCCUCAGGUUCCCAUACAUCAAAUGGGGAUAAUUCUUCACAUAAGUUGUUUUGAGGUUUGGUUCACAUUUUGGAGUAUUUUGAUAACUACAGAAUAAAAACACUAUAUUAAAUGACAAAAAUCAAACUGCAACUUGACAGUGUCUCCUAACAUGGCUGAUUUGUAAUAGAGUAAUUUUGAGCACUGAGAAAGGAAAAAAAAUACUGGAUUAAAUUUAUGUAAAAAUAGGAAGUUUUAAUUUUCUUUUCUUUUUUUUCCAAAAAAGUAAAGGUUUUAUAUUAUCCUGUUAAGAGUCUCAAGGUAAAGAAAAAAGAAAACAGAUUUAAAAAACAGAGUUGCACUGAAAGGUCAGAUUUUGUUUGCAUGAUGAAACACUCUGAUCUAACUUAAACAGAGGUCUUUAUAAGGCUUUUGAAAUCUACCUAGAUUUAUGUUCUUUAGAGAGUUUAUAAUAUAACCUGUAAAAAUGGUGAAAUUUCCUGUUAGAACAAAUUUGUAAUCAAUUAUGCUUAAUGUCCUGCCUUCAAGGAGUCCAGUCUUUAUAAUUAAGUCUUUGAUAUCCUGGAGCACAGUGUUUACCGCUCUGACACAUUUCUGAUGUAUUUUGCAUUCACUAUGGUAAAUGUCAGAAGUUCCUAAAUUAUUAGUGCCAAAUUAUCACAAUGAAAAGUGGGGAUUAUUUUAUUUUCUGAGAAAUUACAGAUCUAAUGCUUUUCCAUGUAGAUGGUCUGCACUUUGGGGGGAAAAGGAUGCUAUUUGCAUAGUAACUUCCUGAGUGUGGUUUUUUAAAAAAUUUAAAUAUUGUCUUCCUGGAAAUUGGAAUGUAAAAUGGGAAUUGGGGUGGGGGGAUAGUCUAGAACAUAAAAAGGCAUAAUUGCAUUUGGUUACAUAAAUGUUAUUUUAGUGUGGUUGUAUCGAGAGAUCAAAAAGACCUAUUUUAUUAGCCUCCAAAUACUGUAUAUACAUUUGUUAAUGACUAAGAAUUCUUGCUUAUCUUUUGCUUUUUAAAAGAUAGUCUUGGCAUGUUGUAGUUGCCUCAUGUAAAUUAUAAAAGGCUAUUUACUAAGUUUUCCAAUAAUAUAUUUAUUAUCCUGUAAUGUGUUUUAAAAUAAAAUAACUUAUUUCUAGCUGA